GAGGGAUCAGGCAGCGGAGGCGGUACUUUCUCCGCGGUUCGUUUCGCGGCGCCGGAGAGAGCGCGGGACCAGGGCUGGAGCGACCUGCCGGGGGAAGCGCAAGCCAAGAACCCAGUCCAGCACGGAGCCUCGCCUGCCUGGCAGACCUGCUGCGCCGUGCGCUCUUCUUUUGGAAGGGGACUGCACCACAUUCCUGUGAACUAUUACUGCUUUGAAUGGCAUGUGGCUUGUAACUUUACUUCUGCUGUAUUCUUUGCAAGAAGUCACCAGUGAGGAUGUUGUCUCUACGCGGUUGUACUUUGUGAACGCCUCCCUGCAGCGGGUGACCUUCUCCAGCUCAGUGGGGGUGUCCCUGCCCUGCCCUGCGGGCGGCGCCCCCCAUGCCGUCCUGCGUUGGUACCUGGCCGCCGGAGACGACAUUUACGACGUGCCCCACAUCCGACACGUGCACGCCAACGGCACCCUCCAGCUCUACCCCUUCUCUCCUUCCGCAUAUAACAGUAUCAUCCACGACAACGAGUACUUCUGCACUGCCGAGAACCAGGCGGGGAAAAUCCGGAGCCCCAGUAUUCACAUCAAAUCAGUGUUCCGGGAGCCAUAUACAGUCCGUGUGGCUGACCAGCGCUCCAUGCGAGGUAAUGUUGCUGUCUUCAAGUGCCUCAUCCCCUCUGCUGUCCAGGAGUACGUCAGCGUGGUGUCCUGGGAGAAAGACACCGUGUCCAUUGUCCCAGGUAACCGUUUCUUCUUGACCUCAUUUGGAGCUCUGUAUAUCUCAGAGGUACAGAAGGAAGAUGCUCUGUCCACCUACCGCUGUAUCACAAAGCACAAGUACAGCGGUGAGACUCGGCAGAGCAACGGAGCCAGGCUCUCAGUUAUGGACCCUACGGAGUCCACCCCGUCAGUGCUGGACAGCUUCCAGUCCGGUGAAGUGAAGGUAGGGCACAGUGUGGAGCUGCCAUGCAUCGCAUCCGGUUACCCAAACCCUACCAUCAGAUGGUUGAAAGAUGGGCGGCCGCUUCCAGCAGACUCUCGCUGGACGCGCCGCAUCACGGGCCUCACAAUUUCUGACUUGAGGCUGGAAGACAGUGGAAACUAUAUCUGUGAGGUCACCAACAGCUUCGGCUCCAAGGAGGUGACAGGUCACCUCAACGUCAUAGAACCCCUGCGGGUCACUUUGUCCCCCAAGAACCUCAAGACGGGCAUCAGCAGCACAGUCAUCCUGUCUUGCGCCGUCCAGGGUUCUCCCCAUUAUACUGUGUCGUGGUACCGUAACACAGAACCCGUCCUGCCCGACCAGCACUUCUCCAUCCAAGGGGCACACAAUGACACCUUGUUCAUUUCGGCAGCCCAGAAAAGACAUUCAGGAGCUUACCAGUGCUUUGCCACGCGCAAGGCUCAGACUGCCCAGGACUUCUCUAUCAUAUUACUAGAAGAUGGUACGCCACGUAUUGUGGCCUCCUUCAGUGAGAAGGUGGUAGUCCCAGGUGAACCGUUUUCCUUGAUGUGUACCGCCAAAGGAGCACCUCCACCCACUAUCACUUGGACUCUGGACGACGAGCCUGUGGCCCGCGACCUUUCCCGUGUGCGAGCCAGUCAGUACACGCACUCGGACGGGAGCACCGUGAGCUACGUCAAUGUCAGCAACCCCCAGAUUCGCGACGGAGGAUUGUAUCGGUGCGCUGCACGAAACUCGGCCGGUAGCGCCGAGUACCAAGCGCGCAUAAACGUAAGAGGCAAUCCAAGGAUUCGUCCAUUGAAGAACAUCACGGCUGUGGCAGGACGUAGCUCUUUUAUAAACUGUCGUGUGAUUGGCUAUCCAUAUUACUCCAUCAACUGGUACAAGGAGGGGCUUCUGCUACCUGACAACCAUCGUCAGGUGGUGUUCGAAAAUGGUACAUUAAAGCUUACCGAUGUCCAGAAGGGAAUGGACGAGGGGGCGUACAUCUGUAGUGUGCUCAUACAACCGCAACUGUUCAUCAAGCAGACUGUAUAUGUCACAGUCAAAGUUCCUCCGCUCAUCCAGCCGUUUGACUUUCCGCCGACCUCCAUCGGCAAACUGAUGUACAUCGCUUGCGUGGUGGCGUCCGGAGACAUGCCCAUCCGCAUCACCUGGCGCAAGGACGGCCAGGAGAUUGUGCCUUCGUCAGGCAUCACCAUUGACACCAAGGAGUUUAUGAGCUCCCUACAGAUUUCAAAGGUUUCACUGAAGCACAACGGGAACUACACAUGCAUUGCCAGCAAUGAUGCUGCAACUGUUAGCACUGAGAGGCAACUCACUGUCACAGUGCCCCCUCGUUUUGUGGUGCAGCCCAACAACCAGGAUGGAAUAUACGGCAAGUCGGGUAUUCUUAACUGCUCAGUUGAUGGCUACCCUCCCCCUAAAGUUAUGUGGAAACACGGCAAAAGUGCACUAGCUGGUAUCGGGAACCCACAGCAGUACCACCCUGUGCCCCUGACUGGCCGUAUACAGAUCAUGAACAACGGCUCGCUGCUUAUUCGACAUGUGCUGGAGGAGGAUCGUGGCUUCUACCUUUGUCAGGCCUCAAACGGAGUCGGCUCCGACAUCAGCAAAAGCAUGGCGCUCACUGUAAAGAUCCCAGCCAUGAUCACGAGUCACCCCAACACUACCAUGGCCAAAAAAGGUCACGUAAAGGAGCUGAACUGCACGGCCAGGGGAGAAUGGCCCAUCAUCAUCCGCUGGGAGAGAGGCGACACGGUCAUUGACCCUGACCGCAAUCCCCGCUACUCUAUUACCACCAGCCCCAACGAGAAGACAGACGAGGUGUUGUCCACUCUCAAGCUGAAACCUGCAGAGCGUGAAGACUCAGUCUUCUUCUCCUGCCAUGCCAUUAACUCAUACGGUGAAGGGCGAGGCCUCAUUCAGCUCACUGUGCAAGAGCCCCCCGACCCUCCAGAGCUGGAGGUGCGAGAAGUAAAAGAUCGCAGCAUGAACUUGCGAUGGACGCAAAGAUUUGACGGCAACAGUGUCAUCACUUCCUAUGACAUCGAGUAUAAGAACAAGACCGAUUCUUGGGAGCUAAAGCACGCCACUCGAAACAUAUCCCCUACAAACAAUCAGGCCAACAUUGUGGACCUCCACCCAGCUUCCGUCUACAGCAUCCGCAUGUACUCCUACAACGCUAUCGGUAAAAGCGAGGCCAGUAAGGAGCUCACCAUCAGCACAGAGGAAGCUCAACCUGAUGGUCCCCCCAUGGAUGUGAUCCUGCAGCCAGUGACCUCUCAGAGUAUCAGGGUUACUUGGAAGGCCCCUAGGAAGGAGCUGCAAAAUGGAGUGAUCCGGGGUUACCAAAUUGGUUACAGAGAGAACGGCCCAGGCAGCAACGGUCAGUACAGCAUUGUGGAGAUGAAGGCCACUGGAGACAAUGAGGUGUACACACUGGACAACCUCAAGAAGUUUGCCCAGUAUGGCGUGGUGGUUCAGGCCUUCAACAGAGCUGGCACUGGGCCAUCCAGCUCUGAGAUCAAUGCUACCACACUUGAAGACGUUCCUAGCCAGCCACCUCAGAAUGUGCGCGCCAUCUCUGUCACAUCGGAUGAGGCAGUCAUCUCUUGGGCCCAACCUCCCAGAAUGACCCUGCACGGCGUUCUGAAGGGCUAUCGUGUCGUUUUUUGGGCGGUAUUCCCUGACGGAGAAUGGGGUGAAAUGCAGAACAUCACCACAACCAAGGAGCAAGUGGAGCUGAGGGGCCUGGAGAAGUUUACCAACUAUAGCAUCCAAGUCCUGGCCUAUACUCAAGCUGGUGAUGGCGUGCGCAGCAAUGUCCUAUACAUCCAAACCCGUGAAGACUACCCCGGGCCCCCAGCUGGCAUCAAAGCUGUGCCUUCCUCCGCCAGCAGUGUUGUGGUAUCCUGGUUACCCCCUCAUAAGCCAAAUGGAAUCAUCCGCAAGUACACUAUCUACUGCUUGAACCCCGGAUCAGGCCAACCGAUGCCCAGCGAAUAUGAAGCCAACCCAGAGCUUGUCUUUUACCGCAUCAGCCACCUAAACCACAGGCAGCAGUACUUGAUCUGGGCUGCGGCCGUCACCACUGCAGGACGAGGAAACUUCAGCGAUAAGGUCACCGUUGAGCCUGCCGCCAAGGCCCCUGCAAAGAUCCUUUCGUUUGGAGGCACAGUGACGACCCCAUGGAUGAAGGAGGUUCGACUGCCCUGCAACGCUGUAGGAGAACCAACACCAACCGUUAAAUGGACCAAAGACAGUGAGAACGCAGCCAUCCCUGUGUCGCUGGACGGACAGCGUCUCAUCAUGGCUAAUGGCACAUUGGUGCUGCGCACAGUCAAAGCUGAAGAUUCUGGCUAUUACACCUGCACGGCCACCAACACAUUGGGCUUUGACACCAUCAUCGUCAAUCUUUUAGUGCAAGUUCCCCCAGAUCAGCCUCGUCUUACUGUGUCCACCACCUCCACUUCCUCCAUCACUCUGGCCUGGAUACCAGGAGAUAAUGGCGGAAGCUCUAUUAGGGGUUUUGUGCUGCAGUAUUCCGUGGACAACACAGAGGAGUGGAAAGAUGUGUUUAUCAGCUCUACCGAGCGCUCAUUUAAAUUGGAAAACCUGCGCUGCGGCACCUGGUACAAAGUCAAGCUGGCAGCAAAGAACAGUGUCGGAUCAGGACGCAUCAGCGAGAUCAUUGAGGCCAAGACCCACGGCCGAGAGCCCCAGUUCAACAAGGACCAACCCGUGUUUACCCACAUCAACUCCAGUCAUGCCCGUCUCAACUUGCAGGGUUGGGCCAGUGGCGGCUGUCCCAUCAGUGCUGUGACAUUGGAGUUUCGCCCGAAAGGUACGUGGUCUUGGCAGAAUGUACGCACUAAUGCCACUGCAGGAGUUUUCCUGGCUGAGCUACGUGAGGCCACCUGGUAUGAACUGAAGAUGAAAGCAUGUAACAGUGCUGGCUGUGGCAACCAGAGCACCCAGUUUGCAACGCUUGAUUACAACGGCAGCACAAUUCCUCCAAUCAAAUCCCCGUUGGAAAAGAAUGACGAUGUCAAGAAGCUGUUUUCUAUUGGCUGCCCCGUGAUCCUGGUCACCCUCGGCGUGGCGCUCCUCUUCAUCGUCCGCAAGAAACGUAAAGAAAAGAGACUGAAGAGACUCCGAGAUGCCAAAAGCCUGGCAGAGAUGUUGAUCAGUAAAAACAACCGAAGCUUUGACACCCCAGUGAAGGGGCCGCCUCAGGGCCCGCGCUUGCACAUCGACAUCCCUAGAGUGCAGCUGCUGAUCGAAGACAAAGAGGGCAUCAAGCAGAUCGGCGAGGACAAGGCCACCAUACCUGUGACGGACACGGAGUUCAAUCAGACUGGGAACCCGCAAAGCUUCUGCGCAGGUGUGUCCGUUCACCACCCUGCUCUCAUCCAGAACACUGGUCCUUUGAUUGACAUGUCAGACAUCAGACCAGGAACCAACCCAGUUUCAAGAAAGAGUGUCAAAUCCACCCACAGCAUCAGGAACCGCUACUCGAGUCAGUGGACUCUGACCAAGUGUCAGGCUUCCACGCCAGCUCGUGUUCUCGCCUCGGACUGGCGCACGGUCAGCUCGCAGCACGGCAUCACUGUUACCGAGAGCGACAGCUACAGCGCUAGCCUCUCGCAGGACACAGAUAAGGGUCGUAACAGCAUGGUGUCGACAGAAAGCGCCUCAUCCACCUAUGAGGAGUUGGCCAGGGCGUACGAGCACGCCAAGUUGGAGGAGCACCUGCAGCACGCCAAAUUCGAGAUCACUGAGUGCUUCAUCUCCGACAGCUCGUCCGACCAGAUGACCACGGGCACAAACGAUAAUGCAGACAGCAUGACAUCCAUGAGCACGCCCUCAGAGCCCGGCAUCUGUCGCUUCACUGCCUCGCCGCCCAAGCCCCAGGACUACGAUCGUGGCAAGAAUGUAGCUGUGCCCAUCCCGCACCGAGCCAAGAGUGACUACUGCAACAUCCCCCUCUACAUGAAGUCUGACCCUUUCUUCCGAAAGCAGUCCGAGCACCACGACCCGUGUCCAGUAGUUCCUCCCCGUGAAGCCUCCAUCCGCGGCCUUGCCCAGCGGGCGUACCACACCCAAGGCCGUCACAUGACUAUGGAUUCUUCAAAGCAGCAGACCCUCACCAUGGGCCACUCCGGCCUGUCCAGCCUCACCUCUUCUGGGGCGUCAGGCGGAGGAGCCGCUGGUGGAGGAGGCAUGUCCGCCAGCUCCAGCAGCUCCACGCUCCCCCAGAGGACUCUCACCAUGCCGGGCUCCUCAGCCACAGGGGCACAGAGCGCUGUCGCCACCGCCGCUGCCGCCACCGCUGCUGCCACCGGAGCUUCUUCAUCCUCCGGCGGGGCCAUGGGCGCCACAGGAGGCACGCCCGGCGGCGCCUCAUCCUCCAAGAUGGGAGGAUCCAGAGACUCUCUUUUGGAGAGCAGCUCAUCAGGCUUAGGCAGACUACAGAAGCAGAGGGAUGGAGGCGCGGGGGCCUACUCCAAGUCGUACACACUUGUGUAAGCCUGACAUCACGGCGGCUGAGUCGAAAUAUUAGUGGUCAAACGCGGGGUGAAGAAGACACCAAUGCUCGGCUCCUCACCCGCAGGUGCCUGCGUUGUGCCAGGCUGCUGGGGGCUACUUCGGCUCUCAUCAUCACUGCAGUAAGGAGGAGUUGGGGGGUCUCCACAGCACAGGGGGGUUGCCUUUCUUUCUUGCUUUUCUCCCCACCUCUUUUACAUAACCACUUGCCUAAACCCGUAUGAUUUAUUUGUCAUGUUCUGCUUGGAAGCCCCACUUACUCAACGUAUGCACAAAAUCCUCUCGAAGUUGGUCGCUUAAAUUUCACACUGGUUAUGUUUUAGAUGGACUGGAGCUCAUAUCAGUAUGCUUUUACUGUUGGCCACCCGACUUAGUGGCGUUUGCGCCGUGAAUUUUCUUUUCAAUUCCAUGUUUCAUGCAACCUAGAAGAAAUACUGUAUGUCUUUUCUGGCGAUGGGAAAUAUAAAUCUCAUGUGAGGAUUGUCAAACCUGCGUGUAUGUGCGUGUGGGUGUAUAUGUGUAAAUAUAUACAGUACAAUAUAUGUGCACGUGCAGCAGGCACACAACAUUGGUUGACCUUUUUAAGUCAAUGUAUGUUGAGCGUCCAAACACAAAAACCUGACGUGCAUUUUGUACUUACAAAGCUGCAAUUUGAAUUAUCUUUUUACAUGAUAAUUUUAUUUUCAAUUGAAAGAGGGGCAAGGGGGCCUAUGAGUAACUCUUAUAGUUCAUCAAGGUGCCACAAUCAAUCAUGAUUUAGUGAUACGUCAUCCUCCUAGGAAUCUAUUUUAUUCCUCCCACUGACUUCAUAUCCAUACAGCGUCACUGUGAUAGCAAAAAUGUAGAGCUGUAUAUUAUGGAAAUUUGACUAUUUAUAAACAAACUGUUGUAUUGAAAUUAGGGAAUGAUAAACUGUUUAAAAAAAAGAAGCUAAAAUUUACCGUAAAAUAUUAGCUGCUGUGGUUGUCAGAAUUUUACUGUUACAAAAAUGGAUGAAUGAUAAAAUACACAUAAAGAAAAUGUAUAUUGCCUCAGUAACCGUAAUUUUUGUAGAUGCCAGUAAAAAUGUAAUAUUUUUAAUACCAUUAACAAAACGUAACCGGUCUUGAAGACAUCACAAUGCACCUUUUGUUGUUCCCCAACCCAGAUUUGAACCCACACUGUUAUCUUGUCAAUCAAACUUUGUAACUACUAAGCUACUACUGACCGGUUGGACCAGGUGCUGUACAUGUGGAAGAUUAUGAAAACCUUAUUUCCUGAGAACUUAAAAGAGCAUACUUGCUAGACUGGCUAUUAGCCAGGGAGUUAGUCAACAUGCCUGACUGCUACAGUGACAGCUUGAAUUCAAACACCAAUUGGAGAAAGGAAGCCCCCAUCAUGUAGGGUACGCAUAAAGUCAGGGGCACUGGAAGACACUCGCAGCAGUGGGUGCUGUUGAUCUUAUUUUGUUUUUCCCAUCCCGAAACAGACGUUUUGGUACACACGCUUGUUGGAUAGUUGACGUACUAUGACUAAGCUACUACAAAGACAGCAUUCUAUUUCACUUACAAUGUGUGUUGCAGUUUUUAUAUUGGAAAUAAAAGCGCCCAUGUAUUAAAUCAAAUCCCCGCAACUAGGUAGCACAAUGACACACAAACACAUUUGAAAGCCUCGGUUUAAAUGCCACUUUUCACAACACUCAAAUAAAUUGCACACAAAUAUCCAACAGCGCCCUGCAUCGCAGCAGCUCAACAGCAAUAAGAAACAAUAAUAUGGCUACAAUACAAACUAUUUGAAGGUCUCCACAGUCUAAAUCUGUAGCUGCAGUAACCUUUCCUCGCUGGGCACUAUUAUAAACUAUCAUAAUCAUCUUAAUUUUUUACCCAAAAUUAAAUUUUACAAAAAUUACGCUGUUUUUGUAAGGGGAAAAAAUCGCUAAUUCGUUUUUGCACCAUGUUAACGCCUCCUGUGUCAACAGUUAACUUUUCCGUUCCAAUAGCGCCUUAAUUCAACGUGACCUGGUAGCAAGCAAGGUGUCAGGUAGUGACCAUGUUAUUAACAAGAAAAAAACCUUUUUCAACAUACUGUACAUAUUUAAUUCUCAAAAUUAAAUAUGCUAUUGUUUCAAUGUUUUUUUGAUGUUUGGUGUUUUUAAAAAAAAAUCUUUUUUUUUCCCUCACCAACACCAGGAGGCACCCAACUUCCCGCGCCACUGCUUAAAGUAUGUACCCUUUACAGCCAUAUGAUGUAGAAGUUAAAAUGUAGUCCUUUUAAUGGUAGAUUCAACUUAAUUUGACAAUUUUUAUAACAGUUUUCCUGUUUUUUUAACUGUAAAAUUCAUGCAACCACAGGUGCCUUUUUAUUUAUUUUUUUAUUUCUAUUUUAUCUGACAGUGUGGGCUGUGUUCGGAAUUAGAUGCUCAUUGCAUUUUAUAUUGAAUAUUGAAUAUCCCUAUUACCAAUGUUUAAUGCUUUUUAUUGUUUCAAGGCACAUACAGUUAAACCAAAGGUUAACAUACACUACUGUAUAUGAAAAGACACGUUAUUUGAUAGGUUUAAGGCUUGUCAAGUCGCCACCCAUGUUGUUGUUGGGGUUAUGUACACAAUCAUGUUAAAUCCAUUCUUCCGUUAUUCGUGGACAGAACACAGUGACAUUCGCCCAGCAUUAUUCAGAUAUAUGAAAUAUGUCAGGCUAAUGAGGAUUUUUUUUUACGUUAGGGGGUGGGGGCGGGGAGGGGGGGGGGUAAAGAGAUCAGUUUUCCAUCAUUUGGCUAAUAUGUGAAAGGAAGGCUGGGUAACACAGUAUAGCGUUCGAGUAGUGGGGAAUUAGUCCAUGAUUCCGAACACAGCCUUGGAAAGUUCACAUAAAUGAGGAAGAAAACGGCUCUAUGAAAUGAGUUAAGCUUUAGGCAUGGUGCUGUAUCUUUUAUUUUAAUUGAAACUUAUGUUUCUUCCCCAAUUUCGCCAUCCCAAACCACAAUCUCAUAGAAAAGGAUCAUUUCCAAAUUAAGAAAAAAAUGGGAGUUGCUCCUAAUGUUUUGCCAUGAUCAAACAUAACGAACAUCAGGGCUCUCGCAAUAGGAAAAGAUAUAUACGGUUCUAUAAAUUUAAAAAAAAAAAUGUACAUAUAUAUUUCUAAUCAAAUAUAUAGCAAAUAUAUGACUAUUAAGAAAAAUAACUAUUAAAGCUGUUCUAAUUGAAAAUACAGUAUAUUAGAAAGAUCACAAGACAAUCGCUCUGAGAAACAGAGAGAAAAGGGAUAAGCGACAAAGAGGCGAGUGACUUUUAACGGGUAGCACAAGCGUCACGGCUGCCCGUGAGGCAAAUGGGAGGAUGAUGAGGCACUCUCAUCUUUCUCCCACCCGUGCUUGAACAGCAGCCGCACGAGAACGUGGCUUGGCAGACAAAGCACAGUUAAAUUGUGGUGUGAGAUUGUGUUGCUAGGUAGAAAAGUAACAGUGUGUGGUGAGCUUGAUGUUAAAAAAUGAAAGAAAUCAAAACAAGAGCAGAGCCUACAGUGUGUUAAAAAAAAAGUACACACCCUAGUUAAAGGAUUUUGUGAUUUAAAAUUUUUUCCCCCAUCAUUAACACUUUUAGUGCCUUUGACGAUGAUAGAUGUCUAAUCGUGUGGUUCUUUUCAUUCUACUGCAGUGAAUUUACGUAAAUUAGUUUGUCACUCGCAGACGUCCAAUCCAUUUGAACUGCUAGGGGUAGUUCAAAUGGAUUGGAUGUCUUUCGCCAUCAAUGGCAGCGAAUGAGUUCAUGUGGCCUAAAACUUGUACAACUCACCUGAGAGGGGAAAAUAACUUUUUUAAAUUUUUGACCUUCUCCAACUGUUAAUUUUUUUUUUCUUUUUUUGUACAAGGAUAGGUCAUAUUGAUAGUAAUGGUGAAUCUUGGUCUCUUUUUAUAUCACAAAAUCCUGGCAUUGUAACAAGGGUGUGUUAACUUUUUAUUCCCCGCUGUACAGUACGGGAGAGAGCCUGUUGUAACAUGUUGUAUUGUACCUUUCAGAUGUGUGUUCACCAACUAGUUGCCAUCACACCAAACUAAACCCCCCCGCCACCCCCACACACAAAAGUUUUUCCAUUCUGUGUCUACUUGUCCAUGUUAUGCAUACACUCCAUCACAAGCAUAUUGGAUGGAAUAAUGAAACAAGUUGCCGGGACAGACUGAUCAUAUAUCAGUUUGCUUGAAGUCUUUAAUUUUGACUAGGGGUCCAAAUUACACUCCUUAAGGAAAAUGAUUGGUAUUUUGGAAUUACUUUUUGAGAGUACUGUCAAAGAACAUAUACAGGCAACUUUACUUCUUCUGUUUUCUAUUUGUGUUUAUCCCCCUGUAGCUUUUAGUAUUAUAUAUUGUAGGUUAUAUUUU